GAGUAAAGAGGAGCGGCUCCGCGGGCAGCCAGUGUGUGUUCGGGAGCGCUGCGAGCCGCUCCGCUCGUCUCUUUUCAGCGAGCUCUGCUUGUUGACGGACAUGUAGCGGACGCGCCGCCCGCUUCCUAUCGCUCUUCGUUGAAGUGAUGUGCGCGAGCGCCGGGCGCGUCAUUAUGCGUGUCCGCGAGCGCGGCAGCAGCGCUCACCGUCUUUGCGCGAGUCGCGUGAACUGAGUCAGUGGCGCUGAAGGGGCAGCGGCGGCGCUGGGAUGGAGCGAAGCUCACGGGUAGCCGCCGACACAUAGAAGAGUUUUCAGUUAAACUCCCUCCAGUACUUUAGUCCGCUUUUUAUUUUAUUAUUCGUUUGGUUGUUUGUUUCUAACUUGCAGUUAUGGAGACGAGGAGAUUGACCGGAGCUUCUUCCUCCUCUCGCGCAGAACUUACGGCGAGCUCCUAAUCAGUGUCCCUGACUGACUCAGGAACAGCAGCAGGGCAAGGGGGGAAAAAAAGCCAGUGAACGCGCGAGAGGACUUUGGAGAUAUUCACAGCGAAUUUCCGCAGGCCGUACGGGAUUCCCUUCAGUGAGGACUACAUGAUGGAAACGUAAAAGGUGCGGCUCAAAAUAAACUUGUUGCCGUUUCGUGCGAGUGCAGCCAUCACAAUGGCAACCAGUGCCGCUUUUUUGGUGCCUCCUCCUCCUCCUCCUCCUCCUCGUCCUCGUCGCGCUCGCGCUCGCGCCAGUGGCUCGCGCGCGCCGCUGGUCCCGCCGCUCGGCUGCUUGCUGCUCGCGCUGCUCUGCGGCUUCUCGGCCGCUUCACCCCCCCACGGGCGCCGCCUCAUAUGCUGGCAGGCGAUCAUGAAGUGCCAAGGGGAGCCCGAGUGCGACUACGCGUACCAGCAGUACGUGCUCGCGUGCUCCUCGGUCAUCAACGGGGAGCGCAGCAAGUGCCCGAGCCACUGCAUCGCCUCCUUCGUGCAGCUGAACCUCACCAAGAACGGGCCGUCGCUCGAGGACUGCGACUGCGCCUCGGACGCCACUUGCCGCAAAGCGAAGCGCGCCAUCGAGCCGUGCCUGCCGAGGACGAGCAGCAUGGGCUGCACGGAGGCGCGGCGGCAGUGCGAGCGCGACCCGCAGUGCAGCGCCGCGAUGCGCGACUACCUCGUGCACUGCGGCAAGCUCUUCAGCGGCGUGCGCUGCACGGACUCGUGCCGCAGCGUGAUCGCGAACAUGCGCAAAAUCCCCAAGGCCGAGCAGCUGGACACGUGCGUGUGCGACGGCACCGAGAGGACCAUCUGCGAGUACGUGAAGGUGAGCAUGAAGACGCUGUGCUUCGACUCGCCGGGCGGCUACGACGGCAGCGGCGGGGGCGGCGACGCCGGCUUGCUGGACUCGGAGGAGGACGACGACGAGUACGAGUUCACCGAGGACCCGCAGUUCGUGGGCAGCGCGGCGGGGCGCUCGGCGCGCGCCCCCGGCGGCACGCGGACCCUCGCGGCGGCGGCGGCGGCGGCGUCCACGUUGCUGCUGCUGCUGCCGCUGCUUCUCCCUGUUCUGUGAAGGAGCCUGUGACUGUGUGAAGGAGCCUGUGGGGGAGAAAAAAGAAAAGAAAAGAAAAGAAAAAAGAAAAGAAAAGAAAAUGAGCCCUUUUGACACACAGUCACAGGUACGCGCCGGCGGCUGCGCUUCGCCCGAUUCGCUCCCAAAGAGAAACAGCAGCGUUUCGCACAUUUUUGAGACCUCGUCUGAAAAACUGGCCGCAGUUUCAUCAUCUUUCUUUCUUUCUUUCUUUCUUUCUUUCUUUCUUUCUUUCUUCUAUGCAAUGUAACUCGACUGCAUCCGUCAAAGACGAACCGCUUCCCCUCGCGAAACGUCUGCUUUUGUUUUACUAUUAAAAAAAGUCCCAAAAUAACUAUAGUAUCGCCAGCAAAUACCUACUACUUCAGUUUUUUUUUACUCUUGCCUUAACUCUUCGCCUCCUUUUAUAGCUUUUUUAUUAUUAUUCUUUUUAAAUCAGAGGCCACAUGAUUUGGCUAAAAAAACCAGCGACACGGUUCUGCCAGGCAAAUUAUUUCAAGCGUGAUUAAAAAAUAUAUACAUAUAUAUUAUAUAUACACACUCAUGAAAUGUCUUUCAGAUUGAACAAUGUUCUAAAGUAAAUGCUCUGCACUGCCCACCAUGAACUAGUGUUUAAAAUGUAUGAAAACUAUUUUUAUAGGCAUAUAUAUUAUUGCAUUUCAUAUCAGGGUGGCUGAUAUAACAUCUCUUGUAAAGUCUAUUUAAUGCUGGAUUUGAAUACUAGUAAGUGGACUUGUACAUAAGAAAAAAUAAGUGUAUACAUUUGAAAAUAAUUUAUUUACGGGUUUUGGAUUGCAUUCAUUAGUUCCAUAUGCCUAAAUUACUGUCAGAUUAUAAGAAUUGCAGCUUUAAAGGGAAGUUAGUUAUUGUAUGUAUUGUUUUUUAAAUAAGAAACUGUACAGUGUAUUAUACAGAUUGAAAGAAUCUUUUAAUUUUUUUGUGUAAAAAAUGAAAUGCUUUGUGUAGAAAUGUCUAAAUCCACUGUAUGUUUGCCUUAAUGGUGUAUUUUUUACUGAAGGCAUAAAAGAGAAAAAGAGCACUAUGGGCUGCGUGUCUUGUUUCCCUCCAUACAUGAAUAUGUCACUUAAAAUUUGUGUCGGUGUGACUCCUUUUUUUUUUCUUUUCUUUUAAUAAACCUUGUGGUGCAACAUGUGCAGAAGGGCUGUAAAGUGAGGUCUUGAGGUUCACUUGCACAACUAGGCCAUGAGAAACUGACUUUUCCAAGCACUUGACACAUUUGACCAUCUUUCAGACGCUGGCACUUUUAGUGAGAAUGGAGCCAAAGUAAACACACGUUUGUUUGCAGUUGUUCACUCUGUUUGCUCUGUGUCCUUGUACCGAGUGACCGUUACAAACGUCGGACAAGGCCAAAGACACUGGAGGGAAAUGAGGAAAAACUUCGUUAUCCAACUGUAAACUUGGAAGAUUGUGCAUGAAUGUAUUUGGUUGCAUUAUUUGCAGCGGGUAGUGUCAUCGUUAGAGCUCUCGUCUUGUAAUGUGGAAGGUCCUGUUUCAACAUCCCUCCUGCUGUAGUGCUCUGGAUCAAGGUUCCACACGUUUAUUUCGCACAUGUUUAUCUCCACAGUGAUGUACAAUGAUUACUAUGUAUUUAC